UGUCAUGCUUGUGAAUGUGGUAGUUGUUCAUUGAGCGAAUGCGAAACAAGUGAUACAGAGUCGAAAAUACAUAUCUAAUUACGUUGUUAAAUCUCAUCAUGAUGUUGAGAGUAUUGUUGCAUCUUGUCAUUAUACAGCUCGUGGGUGGGCAGUUUAAUCCCGCAUGCUUUUACGUGUAUCCUGUGAUGACGUCAGGCCAAGCAUUUUGCAACGACGCUGAUCAAAAGUUGCUGGUGGGUGAUUUUGAUGGAUCUGGUCGAAGUGAUUUGCUUUGUCGUCAAAAUGGCAGCAUCGAAAUCUUUUACAACUUGUUAAAACGACAAAAACAAACGUUAGAUUUCUGUCAGAUUAAAAACUCGCAGUUAACCGCAGCGGAUUUUAAUGGUGAUAAAAAACAAGACUUAUUAUGUCGGGCUAAUGAUGGCAAAAUGAAGGUUUUGUUGGCUGAUGAAACUGGAAAGUUCAAAGACAGUGCGGAGAAUGUAAAAGCAAUCGACACAUGCGAUUCAAAAUCUUAUGUCGGUGAUUUCAACGGUGACGGACGUGCAGAAAUAUUCUGUCGGCAUUCCGACGGAAAAGUCUCACUAUCUCGCAUGAAUACAAAAGGAACAUUUGAUGGAACAGAACCGAUGAAAUGGGACUGGUGUGACAAGGAGGAUGAAUUACAUGCAGGUGACUUCAAUGGCGAUGGACGCACGGAUUUGUUAUGUCGAUCGUCAAAUAACAAAGUUUCAAUCGCUCUGGCGAACUCUAUGGGAAAAUUUAAUCGUACUUGGAGCCGAGAAUGGGACUGGUGCAAUCAAGAUGGCGUUUAUUUGAUUGUGACAGAUUUCAAUGGCGAUGGAUACGACGACUUGUUUUGCUACAAUUCCAAUCUGCACGAGAAAUCGUCGGUGGCUUUCAACACCCCAUACUUAUAUUUCAAGAACGGCAUGAAGUAUCAGUUUCAUUUUUGCACUCGAGGUGGUAUCGAUCGUUUCUUUGUCGGAUUUUUUAAUGACGACAAAAGAGCCGACAUCGUAUGCCAAACGGCAAUCGGUAAACCGCAUAUCGGUUUUAGCCACUGCGCCUAAAUAUGCACAAUUACGCCCAUGGUGUUUGCACCUGAACACAAGUGGUAAAUUAUACUGUGAUACAAAGUUGUGAUUUGAUUUGAUUUUUUUACAUUAUGACUUCACAUUGUAACCAUAUUCAUUAACACAAAUUUUUAUUUGAUAUAGCUGAUAUGAUAUAUCAUACA